AUACCUUAUCCGGGACAGUUUGGAAGAAUUGAAUUCAAUUCCGGUGUUUUCAUGGCUUUCAUCGUUGCUACAUUAUUAUCGGUUGUUGAAUCUAUUGCGGAUUACAACGUAUGUGCAAGAUUAUGCCACGUUCCUUCACCUCCACUACCUGCGAUAAAUAGAGGUAUCAUGGUAGAAGGAUGUAUGUCGAUGAUUGCAGGAUUCUUUGGAGCAGGACAUGCAACAACUACCUACAGCAAUAACAUUGGAUUAAUUGGGAUAACUAAGGUCGCAAGCAGAAGAGUUACUCAGGUUUUUGCUAUACAGCUAAUUUUGUGUGCUAUAAUUGGGAAAUUUGGAGCUAUUUUUGUUACUAUACCCUAUCCUGUGCUAGGUGGAUCAGCAAUUUUAAGUAUUGGCUUAUUUCUAGGAAUUGUUAUGUCCUAUAUGCAGUACACAGAUAUGAAUUCUCCAAGAAAUCUAGCUGUAGUGGGCGUGUCUAUCUUAGUAGGAAUAAUGGUUCCUAACUGGGUUAAAGUAAAUUUUGAAGUUAUUAAAACAGGAAGUGAAGGGUUUGACGAGUUUUUGAUAAUGCUGCUUACCAACCCUUCAUUCACUGGUGGCUUUAUAGGUUUUGUUUUAGACAACACCGUUAAAGGCACUAUGAAAGAACGCGGAAUGGAUGCAUGGUCUUUAGAUGAAAGUAAGUCACCUGAUUCAGAGUCGCAUUAUGAAGAAGGCGUAGAAAUUUAUGAGAUACCAGUUUUAACUAAACACUUGAAGAAAAUAUCAUGGCUGAAAUAUCUACCUGUAUUUCCAACUUUCACAUCUCACAGUUGUCAAUAUUUGUAG